AUGCCAAAGGUGUCAUUCAUAAAGAUUGUGUUUUUCUACCCAAUCCUAGUUUAUUAAAACUGUAUGGAUACUCGAAGUGCUGACUGUUAUAAUAAUGAUUGGUCAAACAAAGUAGGAGAUUGUGCAGGUAAUAUAUUCCUAGGUCCAUUUACUUUAAAUGAAACAAUAUCAAGAUAGUUUGAUAAUGUAAGAGGUGCCAGGUUUGGUUUUAAUUUUACAAUUGCAAAAAUUGAUAGUUGGGAUCCUAAUGAUUUUCUUAUAGUCUUUGCAGAUGAGAUAGAAAUAGGUAAAUUUUGGUACACUCCUGCUGAUGGAGUAGAUAUGUGUUACGUGUAAUAUCUAGAUUUGUUUGCUGAAAAAUAAAUAAAGUUUAAUUUUCCAGAAGGAAGAAGUUCUAUGAAAAUAACCUUAGAUGGUAACUUUGAUGAGCCGCUUUCUAAUGAGGGUUGGGGAGCUAAAAGAUUCAUUUUAUAAAUUUUGCAGCCUUGCGUAGCAUUUUAUAGUGAUUGUAAUUUUUAAGGAGAGGUAUGGACAAUUUGUAGUGGAAAUCAAACAAAUCAUGCAAGAGAUAUUCCAUUUGAAUUUAAAUCAAUCUUAAUUGAGAAUGGGAUAUAAGUCAAAAUGAGAGAUCCAAGGUACUACGGCGGUCAAACUUAAACAUAUACAUCGAGUUAAUAUUGUUUAUCAAGUUAUUAAUUCCCAAAAUACAAGCAAAACGCUUGA